AUGAUUAAAAUAAAACCCAAUGGAGAGCUGUUAAAUUAUCAAUUCCUAUAGGUUCCACAAUGCAACUAUUGUGCUACUUACAUUAGUAAUCUUAGUCUAAUUAAAAAAGAUCAAUGGCAAUGCUAAAUUUGCAAAAGAUUGUUAAAGUUACCAGUUUGGUAUAUGCAAUAACCUAUCUUGUAUGAUAACUUUGAAAUUGCUUUAACACAGCCGUCCUUUAAUAGGAGAGCUCUAUUUUUAAUUGAUGUGACUUCUCAAGCCUUAUGUCGUAUGAUUAUUCCAUUAAUCGAGUAAUCUCUUAAUCAGUUCGAUGAAGUAUUAUUAAUUACGAUAAUCAAGAUCGCUUUAAUUCCUUGUACUCCCUAUCCCACAGUAUUACAGUUUGUUAACAACAAAAUCAGAAUGACUACACUUACAUCAUAAGAUCAAGAAUGCAAAUUAGAUCUAUUUCUUAAUUGCUCAACAGAAUUCCAAAAAAUUAGGCAAGUCUGUCGAAUGAUUGAAAGUCUAGCAUAAUAUAAUCAAAACGCUAAUGUGUUAAAAUCUAAUUAUCCUAUUGAACUAGCUUAAUCAUUUCUAAAUAGAUUGCUAGAAUAUUAAUCAAUUAAAAUUAUUCAUUUUACUUGGAUAAAUUAAUUCAUUGAACCAGAACUUAAAUCUCAGUCAGAUAUAAAAAUAGGAAAGAACCAUUAUCAUUUAUUCAUAAUUUAAUAAAAUUGCAAUGUGUUAGACUAUUAUAAAGCAAUUUCUCGAAAUCUUCAUGGAAAGUGCAAUGUAUAUAAUGAUGAUGAUUUGAAUACUUUCUAUAAUGAAAUUGACUCCUUUUUCUAAAGUUCAUUUUGUUGGGAGGCCUAAAUUUAGAUCAAUUUACCUCAGGGUUGGAGGGUUUAGAAAUUUUAGAAUAUCAACACAGAUUCUAAUUAAUUCUAUUUACCUUAUCUGACAGAUCAAGACGAAAUAUCAAUUGAAUUCAUUUAGGAAGCUAAAUAUAAACCAAAAGAUAAUUUGGUUUAAACAAUUAUUUCAUAUAAAUCAAAGACAUAAAAGCACAUCUGUGUUGCAAAUGAAAAGAUUUAAAUAUGAUUAAUUAUUAUAGUUAAAUACAUUAAUUUGAUAGAUAACUUAAUUU